UAUUCUUUCUAAUUUUGUUUUUAGUAAAUAUUUUUACCUAAUUUAGGAUCUUUGAAAUGUGUGUUUAGUUCUAUAAUUCUCAAUCACUUGUUAGAGAAAAGUAGAUUGUAGAUAGAGGUUGGUAGCUCUCCUCUGAAGAAAAUAAGCAAAAAUAAUAACCCAUAAAACUGCAGAAAAUGAAUAGUAAUAAUAUAUAUAUAUAUAUGUAUAUAUAAAUGGUCAGUGGCUAAUUUCCUGAAUUGGUCAUCAUCAUCAUCACUCUGCUUUUCAUUGUAAACCCAUUUUCUUCUUCUUCUUCACUCUGGUUUUUGUAAGCCAUUCACAGAAGAAAAAUGACAAAGGCAGAUGAGUUUCAGCCCUUUCCCAUCAAGGAUCAGCUUCCCGGUGUUGACUUUUGCCUCAACAGCUCUCCUCCUUGGCCUGAAGCUAUACUACUAGGAUUUCAACACUUCAUAGUAAUGCUUGGGACCACGGUCUUCAUCCCUACAAUACUUGUCCCUUUAAUGGGUGGUGGCAAUGUGGAGAAGGCUGAAGUUAUUGAAACUGUGCUGUUUGUUGCUGGUAUAAACACACUCUUGCAGACUUGGUUUGGAACUCGUCUUCCGGUUGUAAUGGGUUCUUCAUACGCUUCCAUUAUACCCUCUUUCUCAAUAGCUUUUUCUAACAGGUUUAGCAUAUAUGCGAACCCCCGUCAGAGGUUUAGACAAUCCAUGAGAGCUGUACAAGGAGCACUGAUUAUUGCUGCUUUUCUUCAAAUUCUCAUGGGAUUCUUUGGGUUUGUCAGAAUUUUUACAAGGUUUCUUAGUCCUCUUGCUGCGAUUCCUCUUGUGACUCUAACUGGACUUGGGCUCUUUGCACUUGGUUUUCCACAACUAGCAAGAUGUAUUGAGGUUGGACUCCCAGCAUUGAUAAUAGUGGUUGUUCUAUCUCAGUAUCUUCCCCACUUUACAAAGUCCAAAAGAAUGGUUUUUGAUCGAUUUGCUGUCCUCUUGUCAGUCUCAAUUGUAUGGUCAUAUGCAGAAAUAUUGACUAUUGCUGGUGCAUAUGAUAACAGAUCUCCAAAUACUCAAUUUAGUUGCCGUACCGAUCGUUCUGGGCUUGUUGGUGCAGCCCCUUGGAUAAGGGUGCCAUAUCCAUUUCAAUGGGGUCGUCCUUCUUUUAAUGCUGGGGAUGCUUUUGCAAUGGUGGCUGCUUCUUUUGUUGCUUUUAUUGAGUCGAUUGGUACAUACAUUGCAGCGUCUAGAUAUGCAAGUGCCACAAUUCCACCGCCUUCUGUUCUCAGUCGAGGUGUUGGCUGGCAGGGAAUAGGCACUUUACUGAAUGGGUUAUUCGGGACUGGGAGUACCUGCUCAGCAUCAGUUGAAAAUGCAGGACUUUUAGGAUUGACACGUGUUGGAAGUAGGAGAGUCGUUCAGAUAUCAGCAGUAUUUAUGAUAUUCUUCUCCCUAUUAGGGAAAUUUGGAGCUGUUCUUGCUUCUAUACCAUUGCCUAUUAUGGCUGCUUUGUACUGUGUUCUCUUUGCUUAUGUGGCUUCCGCAGGUAUUACUUUCCUCCAGUUCUGCAACUUAAACAGUUUCAGGACAAAGUUUAUCAUAGGAUUUUCUCUCUUCAUGGGACUUUCUGUGCCUCAGUACUUCAAUCAGUAUCUUCUCACUUCUGGGCAUGGUCCAGUUAAUACUGGUUUGACAGCAUUCAACAAUGUGAUGCAAGUGAUAUUCUCAUCUGCAGCCACAGUGGCCAUCCUCAUUGCUUUCACUUUGGAUUCUACUCAUGGUUACCGAGACGGGGUAACUCGCAUAGACAGUGGCAGACAUUGGUGGGUAAAGUUCAGGUUCUUUAGUUCAGACACAAGGAGUGAAGAGUUCUACUCACUGCCCUAUAAUCUCAAUAGGUUUUUCCCAUCAUUCUAACUCUUUGCUUGCACUUUCAACACCAAUGAAAAGGCAAAACAAAGAGGAGUUCAAUUGAAAUUGAAGAGAUCACAAAGACCACCUACAUUUUCCCUCAUAGAUUUAUAUAAAGGGUAUAUACAUAGAUAUAUUAAUGAACAGUUAAAAGCAACAUGUAAUCACCAGACUUGGAAAUAGUACAAUGUGGCUAAAGCAAUUGUCAUACGAGUGUGAUGUAUCGUCAAACUAUUGCACUAAAUCUAGUUCUCAAAAAUUCAUCUCACAAA